GAGCCGCUGUUAAAGUUGAUUUGACAGCUGAGAGGUACGGCCUGAGUGUGUUCGACUUUGGUCCGUCAGUAGGCAUCGGCCAUAUAUUCUGAUAAUCGACCUACCAUUGAGUCUUGAAGCUUGAGGGAAUCUAAAGAAUGCGGAGUCUGAAUAUAUGUACCAGUACAUAAUAACCAAUUCGGAAAGAGCGCGUCCCUUUCAGGAAACGCGUCCUCGUCAAAAAUUUCGAGUUCUGUUCCGUCUUAAGAACAAACCACUACCACUAAUGACUUCUGUCGCUGUUUGGAGCAUCUUGUUGACGCCAGGUCAGAAGGAGACAAUCGUCCCUCAGGCAGACCUGCAGAUCAAGAACGCCGCUCUUGGAGAAAACUUAUCUGAUGAGUCUGGCAGAACGACCGUCAAGUUAACUUACCAAAAUCCUGCAAAAAUUGAUGACGAAGAGGAAGAUGAAGUUGACGAAGAGUUUCCAGAAGAUGAGAUAACCACUGUUCUCUGUUCGCUAACUGCUGGCAAGAUUGAGCAGUCAGUAUGCGACCUCAUUCUCGAGAGCGAUGAGGAGUAUACCUUCGAGCUCACCGGAAAAAACGCCGUCUACCUCUAUGGAAACUACAUUGAUCAGAAUGCCAACCAACCACCUUAUGAUUCUGACAUGGACUCUGACAUGAGUGACGAGGAGGCCUACAACCUGGAUGAUGUCAGCUCAGACGUCGAGGUACAUCCUGAUGAGCUUGAAGGUCUCGAGGGUGAUGCCGGGCGCUUCGAGGAAUUGUCUGAGGAUGAGCCAAAGGCAGAAGAGCCCAAGCCGUCGAAACGUCCCCGUGAUGACGCCAUGGAUACCGACGAGCAACCUGCCGAGAAGGUUUCCAAAAAAAAGAAGGCGAAGAAGCAGAAGGGUGAAGACGGUAAGGCAAUCCCUGUUACCGUCGAGGAAAAGGCAGCCGAGCCCAAGGGUGAGAAGGAAGAGAAGAAAGUUGACAAGAAGGAGAAGAAAAAGCAAAAGGCUGAGGAGAAGGCUUACAAAGAGCUUGCCGGUGGGGUCAAGAUUCGAGAUGUGAAAAGUGGUGAUGGCAAGACUGCCAAGAAUGGCGCUAGAGUUUCCAUGCGCUACAUCGGAAAAUUGCAGAACGGAACGGUCUUUGAUAAGAACACUCAGGGCAAACCCUUUACCUUCAAGCUCGGAACAGGUGAUGUAAUCAAAGGUUGGGACGUCGGAGUGGCCGGCAUGCAGAUUGGUGGGGAACGUGAGAUUAUUGUACCACCAGCAAUGGGUUAUGGUGCACGGAAGAUGUCUGACAUCCCUGCCAACUCCACUCUGAUCUUUGAGGUGAAAUGUCUGGAGAUCAAGUAAAAUGGUAUUGCAUAUCUUAGUAUACGGUAGUAUACUUGUGGUUGGUAUCUGCUGGCAUAUCUGUUGACCGCGGUUAUGACUUGCACUGCUUUGCGAUCCGUUGAUCCGGAUACGAAUGAUGUUGUCUCCCCAAGGCCAACGCCAAUUGGGAAAGUGGCUUGGAACUCCUCCCAACACCCUGAGCCCAUGCCAAUCAAAUGGGUUUGUAGG